AUGGCGAUAGAAUUUGGAGAUAUAAGAGUUGAAGCAAAAGGUUUUCCCCCACUUAGUGGCAAUCAUGUGGCUGGAAAUCAAGUGUCGAAUAUAAAUGGUCGCUAUGGUCAAGAAAUAGACUUUAAGACGGUUUAUAUCUUUACCGUAUUCAUCACCGGAAUUAUCUGCAAUGCCAUCGUUAUUGCUACUAUUGCUUAUAAUCGCCAACUUCAUUCUGUAACUAAUUAUUUUAUUGUCAGUCAAUGUUGCGCUGAUUUCUUAUUUGCGGCUUUAGUUUUACCUGCAUACUGUCUGCAAGGUUUAUUAGGCUAUUGGCCAUUUAUGCCAGAGUGGUGCGCUAUCCAUGCUUGCUUAUCAAUUAGUUUAGUAAUGACAUCAUUACUCAAUUUAUUUGCAAUAAGUCUGGAUCGAUAUUUGGCCAUAUGUCGGCCUUAUCAAUAUCACACUUGGAUGACUACACGCUUCGUGAUUGGAAUGCUGCUAUAUAUUUGGUUUCAGCCGCUUCUGCUAGCCUUGAUUCCAGUAUUUGGUUGGAGAGGUGUUCAAUCAACUAUUGGCAGUCAUUGCGUUGUCGAUUUAUUUCUAUACAUAAAACAAGAGAGAAUUUAUUUGUUAAUUAUUACAUUAAUUAACUUUUAUAUCCCAGCAACAAUAAUGUUUACUUUAUAUAUCCUGAUAUUUAAAGUUGCUAUCCGCCAUAUUCAUAAUAUUGAACAACAAAGGAAUGUUCAAAGAAAGCAACAUUAUUUUGGAUCUAUUCAAGAUCAACUUAAUCAUCGUUAUUUGCGCUUAGCUAAAAACGAUUUUCGAUUAAUACUUGUCUUUGUAGUUGUUAAUGGCGCAUUUUAUUUAUGUUGGACGCCAUUUAUGACAUUUGGCUUAAUAAGCUUAUUCCAUUUAGGACCUGUAACUGAUAACUUAGGAAUUGCUUGUAGUCUAAUGGCGUUUACAAAUUGUACACUCAAUCCGAUCAUACAUAACUUUUUUAAUCGAGAAAUUCGAAGCGGAUUUUUCAGGAUGGUUUGCUUCCAUACCAGACGCAAGCCUAUCAAUAGGAGCAACACGCAUAUGUCAGGCACUCAAUGUUCGUCUACUCAUGGGAGUACAUUUGUUAUACGUCACGAUCUUAUUUCUGCUAAGGAUAAAGCGAUUAUCGAGCAACUGGUUAACGUGAGCAGGAUGAAAGCAAAGAAAGUGACUUAUAUUUGA